AUGGCGCCGACGUCUACCGGCGACGGCACGUCCGACAGAGCGUCCGUGCAGCAAUUUCUACGGACUUGCGACUUGGACCUCGACCAGCCACGCGACGCGCAGAUAUACGACAUGAUGCGGCAUGAGUGCUUUGCAGGCUUCCAAAGCGUCCGAGCCGCAGUGGCGGGUACCGAAAGACCAUCCCCCUCCGGCGAGAUUAGCGAAGAUGCCCUGAGGCGCGCAAUCUCGCACAUUUUCAUGACUGCUAGCCCAGAGACGCGACAGAUCUACUCGAGAGGGCGAGCGCAAAACGACGACAACUGGAUCAUACGUUGGCUGGUGAUGGAAGAGAUCCGAAAUGAGGAGGCGCCCACGGUGACCAACCACGUUACUUGA